UAUAUCAGACAUCUAUAUUAUACGUAUGUAACAGCAUGUCAUAACGGUUAAUUACUUCACUAUACGUUGUGAGAGACCCUGAAAAUUCUCUGUGUAGAAAUUACGUGUAUUAUUGUUUUUUUUCGCGUGUGUAUUAUAGUUUUCAUGCUUGUCAUUAUUCAAUCAAGAUUUAUUUUCGAAUAAGAAUAAUAUGGCAAAACGUACAAUAUUGUUUUAUACCAUCAGAUCUAUUAGAUUUGUAUGUCCCAUGCAGUAGGUGUGAUUGAUGUGAUUCGAAAGUAACCGAGUUCCUUCUUCUAUAUAACAUUUUAAGAUAUACUUUAUAUCACGUCUUGAUUAAUGGUGCGACAAUUUAGUCGCAUCAGCUUUAGUGUGUUAAGAUGAAUCUUGGGUACAGUGAGAGAAUAUUCUAUUGGCUAUUCCUAACAAUUUUACUUUUUCACCUGCAAGUAGGUGCAAAUUACUUUAGAACUAAUUCCAGGAAGGAUGAUCAAUGUUUCUGCAAGUUGAAAGGAUCUAUAGACGACUGUACUUGUAAUGUAGAUACUGUGGAUUAUUUUAAUAAUAUGAGAAUAUAUCCAAGAAUUCAAAGUCUUCUAGGCAGAGAUUAUUUUAGGUUUUACAAAGUAAACUUGAACCAAAUUUGUCCAUUCUGGGCAGAUGAUAGCAAAUGUGCUAUUCGUGAUUGUCAUGUAUUACCCUGUCAAGAUAACGAAAUUCCGGAAGGUUUAAAAGGAGAAAUUCUAAGAGAUAUUCAUUUUAAUGAAAGUCCAGAAGAUAAGUAUAGAUCCGAUGCACAAAUGACUGAUUGCAGACAUAGCUCGAGAGAUCAUAAUAUGGAACUUGGUUUCUUAAACACAACAAUUAGUACAGAAAAUUACAAAGAAUUUGAACGAUGGCAACGACAUGAUGAUGCACAAGAUAAUUUUUGUGUAAAAGAAACUAGUCAAGGGGAAUACGUAGAUCUUUUACUUAAUCCUGAAAGAUAUACAGGAUAUAAAGGAUUCAGUGCACACAGAAUAUGGCGAAGUAUUUACAAGGAAAAUUGUUUUAGACCUGAAAACUCACCUCACAUUUUUAUACAAUCUUCUAAGAUAAAUGGAAUGUGUUUAGAGAAGCGAGUUUUUUACCGAGUUAUAUCUGGCUUGCAUGCUAGCAUUAAUAUACAUUUGUGUUCAAAAUAUUUGUUAGUCCCUCAAGAUAGUUUGCAAGUAUCCUCUGAUAAUCAGUGGGGUCCUAAUUUGGAAGAGUUACAAAGAAGAUUUUCUUCUGAAACAACAGGUGGUGAAGGUCCAAACUGGCUAAAGAAUUUGUAUUUUAUUUAUUUACUUGAAUUAAGAGCUCUAGCUAAAGCCGUACCUUAUUUAGAAAGAGAAGAAUAUUAUACAGGUAAUGAAAUAGAAGAUGAAGAUACAAGAUUGGCAAUGGAUGAUAUACUGAAUGUCAUCAAAUCAUUUCCGGAACAUUUCAAUGAAACUGUAAUGUUUACUGGUGGAACGGAAGCACAAUUGUUGAAAGAAGAAUUUAGACAACAUUUUAGAAAUAUUUCACGUAUUAUGGAUUGUGUGGGAUGUGAUAAAUGUAAGCUAUGGGGUAAAUUGCAAAUUCAUGGCCUGGGCACUGCGUUGAAGAUAUUAUUCUCAGGAAAAUUUGAUAGAUGGAAACCAACACUUAAUAAUCUGAAUCGAAAAUCAUUUUUCUUAGAAAGAAGUGAAAUUGUUGCUUUGGUAAAUGCUUUUGGAAGGUUGUCAGAAAGUAUUUUUGAAUUGGACAGAUUUCGUGGAAUGAUUAGAUAACAUACAGUAUCAACUUAUAAUUAAAGUCUUCAAUACUACUAAGAAACAUCACAUAAAGACAUCACUCAGAUUUUCUACCUUGUUUUUUUAUUUCCGUAUUUGUUAACGGAUUUUGUUAUGCUAAUCUAAUUGAAUGCGUAUUUGUAUUAGUAUAAGUAUUUUUGAUGGUAUAUAUUUGAAUAACAACUCAACUAAUAACUCAAUAAUAGAAUCGAUUGGAAUUUUAUACCGAGUUUUAGUGCAAAUAUCCUUUUUGAAGAACAAGAUGAAGAAUUUCAUAUUCUAUUGGAAUCAUUUAUUCAAU